AUGAGGGCCCUCAUGAGUGCCCCUCACCCUCACCUCACGCCUUUGAGACGUCACCUCACAUCUCAGGCAUCAAGGUUUGGCUACGCCAUCGCAAACCUUCCUCCCGAGGCUGCGGCGGAAGUCCGCGAUGUAAUCAUCCAUCCUCAUGCCGAGUUGCCCUAUGACACCUUAAGGUAUGAGUUGAUUCGCCGUACGUCUGCUUCUGAGGAGUGUCGUUCGCAGCAGCUUCUCAACAGUGAAGAGAUCGGCGAUCGGCAGCCCACACAGCUACUACGCCGCAUGCGCGACCUCGCUGGCAACCCUACCACGGACGAUUCAAUACUACGCCAACUUUUCUUACAACGUUUACCCCACAAUGCACGCAUGAUCUUGGCCGCCGGCGAAAAUUCCCGCCUGGAUGACUUGGCGAAGAUGGCGGACCGCAUUCUGGAUUUCGCUGGCCUCCCACCGCCAGGAGCCGUUGCCGCUCUGGUUCCCCGCAGCUCUUCUCCCCCUGUGGACGUUGCCAUCAAUGAGAUCAGCACGUCGCUCCAGCAACUGCAGACUACGGUGGCGGCCCUGGCGAACCGGGUGGACGCCAUUCCCGCCCAGCGACCACGUUCCCCGCGGCGCUCGUUUUGCCGUCGCUGCUCACCAUCCCGUUACCGGUCUCCUUCGCCCUCUCAGCACCAGUUCUGCUGGUACCAUCGCUGGGUUUGGAACCUCCUUUCGUCGGACUGA